AUGAGUGAUGAUCAGAGUAUAGAUAUUGAUAGCUCGUCCAUAUUUAGCGUUGCUCCUGUUCAAUUCCAAACAGAAAUAAGCAAUAUCUCAUCGUUAAAUGUUUCUAGUGAUAUUUUAACAAUAGGCUUCAAAAGUGGUAAAGUGUUCAGAAUUGACUUGAACAAUCCAGCUCAUAUAGAUUCGGUAGAACUCCCCUACAAGAGAUCAGUAUCAGAACUUGGACAGUUAGUUAAACUUUUUCAGGAUCCUACAGGGAAUCAUGUUCUUGUCACUACAAGCCGGAAUGAAAACUUCUACAUUCAUAAGAAAUCAUCAACUUUCAGAUAUUUAAAUGAGUUGAAGAAUGUAAAGAUCAGUGCAAUUGGUUGGAAUGCACAAGCUGUGACUGAAAGUAAUACUGGGUGUUUCUUAAUUGGUGAUAAAACAGGUGUUGUAUAUGAAGCAUUUUUGGAAUAUCAUGACAUGGUUCAGAAAUAUUACAAAAAGAUCAGCAAGACUAGCUAUAAUUCCCAAUCGUCUAUUGAUGGUAUACAGAUAGAUUUUGAUCAAGAAACAAAUGAAUUAAUGAUUCUUAUAGUAUCUGGUGAAGAUAUCGCAUAUUGGAAUCAGCCAAUAAGGCAUAAACAUGCAAAAUAUAAUGAUUUAAUAUUAGGAAGCUACAUUAAAGCUAAACCUAUAGAAUCUGAAAAAUAUCAAGAUUUGGGAAAUAUCAACGGUGAAAAGUUUUCUGCUAGGGAGUCAAGUUUUGGAUGGUUAACAUCUGCUGGCACAGUCUUCGGAAAUAUCGAUAAAUCAUUGAUGAGUUCUAAAAAGAACUUUGCAGAAUUGAAAUUUCUUGUGAACCUUGAAUUACCUGAAUCAAAACACAAAUUCAAAUCUAUCGCAUUAACAAAAUAUCAUUUAAUUUUACUUCGUGGUCAAGAGCUACUUGCAAUAAAUAAAUUAAAUGAUGAAUUGGUUUUCCAUCAAAUUUUACCUGUAUCAGAAGGUGAACGUUUCAUUGGUAUAAGUGCUGAUUAUGUUACUUCCACUUACUGGGUAUAUUCAAAUUUGAAUAUUUAUGAAAUAACAGUUACUGAUGAAGAGAAAGAUAUAUGGAGAGCUAUGAUUGAAAAUGAAAACUAUGAUGAUGCUUUGAACGUUACAACAGAUGAAGAAAUCAAAGAUAUUAUAUAUUCUAAACAAGGUGAUUAUUUUUUUGAAAACAAACUAUACAAAAAAGCAGCAUUAAUUUACGCAUUAUCAUCCCAACCGUUUGAAACAGUUGCUCUCAAGUUUAUUGAAGAACAAGAGAAUGAUGGACUUUUGGAUUAUUUCCUUUCCAAGUUGUCUGUUUUAAAGUCAAACACUAAAUUCGAUUUCCAUAUGCAGCAAGUCAUGUUAUCAUCUUGGAUUGUGGAAUUAUUUAUUGAGAAACUGAAUGAAAUUGAUGAUUCAUUAACAACUGAACAAUCUGCUGAAAUUCAAUCAACGACUGCUUUAAAGACGCAAACAGAAAAGACACUACAAGAAUUCUUGAUCGAUAAUAAAAACAUAUUGGAUAAGGCAACAAUUUAUGAAAUCAUAACUUCCCACAACAGAAGAGCAGAACUAUUAUAUUAUGCGAACUUGAUUAAUGAUUUUGAUUUUGUGCUAGCAUAUUGGAUAAGGUUAGAAAAUUGGCCGGAGGCAUUAAAGAUAUUAGAAAGAAACAAUGAUGUUGAUGCUGUCUACAAAUAUUCAACAGUCCUCUUGGUGAAUUCACCAGAGAAAACUGUCGAAUCAUGGUUAAGAAUUUCAGGCAUUGAUGCCUCAAAAUUAUUACCGGCUAUAUUAGCAUAUCAUAAAAAUUUCAAGAAAGUUGAUGUCGCCAAGAAUCAUGUUAUACGGUAUUUGAAAACUUUUAUUGGAGAAAAAAAAUGUAAGGAUUCAAUAAUUCACGAUUCUCUUCUAUACAUUUUAAUAUCAAAUGAAAGUACAAGUGGUAAUGAUGAGGAUGUCAUUUUAAGAUAUUUAGAGGAAUAUUCAAAUUCGGUUUAUUAUAAUUCGGAUUUCAUCUUAAGACUUUGUUUAAAAUUUAAGAAAAUCAAGAGUGCUGUUUAUGUUUAUUCUGUCUUGGAGUACUAUGAAGAUGCAGUUGAUUUAGCAUUAAAGAAUGAUAUGAUUGACCUUUCCAUGGUUAUUGCAGAUAAGGCAUCAGAUGACAAAACAAGAAAGUUCUUAUGGUUGAAAAUAUCUGAAAAAAAGAUUUCAUACAUUAGACCAAGUGAAAAAGAUAAGAUUAAAAAUGAAGUUAAAUUUCUAUUGGAAAGAUGUGAAAUCUUAACUAUUAAAGAUCUCUUACCAAAAAUUCCAGACUUCACAACAAUUGAUAAUUUGAAAGACGAAAUAUGUGCUGAUUUAGAGAAAUUUGGUACCUUGAUCAAUAAAUUAUCAAUUGAUAUGAAUUCAUCGGGUGCUAUAAAUGAAAAUAUCACAAAAGAGAUUGAAACAUAUAAAAAUAAAUCACAAGUGAUUAAAUCAGGUGAAUCAUGUUCAAUUUGUGAAUUUUUAUUAACCUCAAGAAAAUUUUUCAUUUUUCCGUGUAAUCAUGCUUUUCAUUCAGAUUGUUUGAUUAAAGAAAUUUCCAAAUCCAAUGAUUAUUCAACAAAGAAGAAACUAGAAUUUUUACAAAAGAAGUUUUUAGCAUCAAGAAAUGAUAAUCAAAAGCCAGGAUCGAAAUUUAUUAACAGUCCUGAUGUUGAUGCAUUGUUAUGUAAAAGAUGUCCAUUAUGCAGUGAUUUAAAAAUUGAUACCAUAGACGAUCCAUUCUUAGAUAAUUCUAUAAAAGCUGAUGAAUGGGAUGUAUAA